CGUAAGUACGUGACGUAACACAAGUCUAGUCAAAGUACAUAGGUCAAAGUCCGCAAUAAUAUUGUUCACGUGAACGACACAUGCAUGAACAGCAAAUAUAACACAGGUAACCCAGUCCAUUGGAUUACAAGGAGAAGCCAAAGGCAAUCCAACAAUCCAUGUUUUUUUUUUUUUACUUUCGAUUAAAAGUGGUGAACCUGCCAGUGAACCUAUGAUGAUAUUAUAAAUCUUAGAAGAUCUCGAAUAUAAAUUUCGUAAAAAUGACAGGGACGUUUAAAUUUAUUUAUUUAUUUAUUUAAGGGCGCUCCUUGAUAACAGCUGUUUGCUGACGAGCUUACCCUGGUAAAACAUGUAAUUAUUAUUAUUAUUAUUAUUUAUUCAUUCAAGAAAUCGGCUUAGAAAUAUUUGCAUCGAGACUGACAAGGAAAUAAAACUGAACAAUAUUCAAAUAGAGCCGAUCGAAAACUUGAGAUAUGAUAAUAAUAGUAGGUACACUUUGUUUUGAAAAGAAGACGCUGGAAAUCCAACAAUGAAUUCUUGAAAUUGUUUGAUUAAAUUAACUAAAAUCACUACGUUACCUUUAAUAGAUAAAUUACCAAGUAUUACUUGUGUAAGUUUUUAAAACCGCAAUAGUCAAGUGAUUCCAUUCUUUUGAGAAAAGUUGUUAAUUUCAAGAUAAUACUUUCAGUUAAAGUUGUGAAACAUAUCAGGAGAAGCUGUGUUUGCCUUUUCCAACUGAGUGAAUCUCAACGAGAGGUGUAGAAAAACAAUGGGGAGACACAGGAGUCCUGAAUUUUAUAGUGCCUCAGAUUAUAGAAGGUGUGACUUAAGAGUCAUUUCAGUUCUAUGUGCGUCAACUAUUAAGACGACACUGGUCGUUGGUUAUUUUAACGGAGAAUGCUCUAGAGAUUUCCUGCUGCUUGAUAUCCUGAAAACCAUUUUAAAAGUUUUAGCUCAGUCUAAGAUUUUGACGGCAACUUCUAAGUGAGAACUGAUUGCAAAACAAGGUCAUGUCAACUAUUGAACUGGAAUGGACUUCAUUUAUACAACAAGACAAUUUUCCAAAGAAUGACGGCCAGUCAGUUUCAAAAGCCAGUAAAAUUCUACCUAAAAGCAUUAAGAUGAAAAAUAAGAAGAGAAUAUUUUCUCCUGUAAAAACUUGUCCACACAAAGGUGAGACUGAUGGGGCACAAGUUUAUCCGCAGCUCACAGAGAGGUGUUGGACGCAGGCAGACAACAUGGUAGAGCAAAUAGCAGCUACUGACGGUGAAAAUCAACUGUCUCUUGCGGAAUCAUCGAAACCUUCUCUUAAUACAAUAAGGUGUGGUGACGACAACCUAAAUCUCAAAGUAUUAAAGACGACAAAAGCUGAAGAGAAAAACAAAGAUGAUCAAAAAUGGACCAGUGAUGUUAUAUUUGAAGCGGAGCAAAUAGUGAUGAAGUCGGAAAUCGAUAAUAUACAAGUAAAUAAACCCCUUUUGAAAAAGAAAGAAGAGACGGAUGAGGGAAUUUUGAGAGAACCAUUGGGUGAAGGAAUGAAGGCGGAAAUCCCGUCACUUGUGAAUUUAGAAACAUUCAGUGCGUCGCCUACACAUAGUAAGUCUUGUAACUCUAGUGUUGAACGAAGAGGAAUGUACUUCAGAAGCGAGGAAGACGUAAAUUCAAAAACAUCGUCAAUAGUCAACGUAGCAAGAAAAAUUAGUAGAUCUACGAGCAGAUCACUUAAGUCAUUGAAUAGUCUUAGACGUUUUGUUAAAAUAAGUGACAAAAACGUUCCCAUGUCAGUGAAGCAGCAACAAAGUGAAGAAGGAGCGUAUGCCUUACUUAGAGCUGCAAAAAACGACAGUGUAUUUCAGAUACAGACACUUGUUACCCAUGGGAUUUCAACGGAAAUUAUAGACCAAAGAGGAUGGACUCCCUUGACUAUUGCUCUAGAAAACGAAAACAUGAAAUGCGCUGAAGUGUUGGUAGAAAUGAACGCCAAUGCCAAUUUCGUGCAUGCCAAUGGGAUGACAAUCCUACAUCAUAUCACUUCAACUGGGACGUACAAAGGGGUUAAGUUUCUUCUUCGUCAUGGUGCUAAUGUGAACGCAGAGAAUUCUGAGGGGUGGCCACCAGUGCAUUAUGCUAUAAAGCAACAACAUCUCAAGUGUGCAGCCUUGCUGCUUGCUGCAGGGUGCGAUUCACAAACCUACACUCACAAACGACUGAAGGAGUAUGAAGAAGUGGUAAGACUUGCUACUAUUGGCAAAUGGAAGUAUCAUUGGCAGCAGAAGCUAGACAUCGAUAUGAGCAAUGAAAUACGACUUUAAAUAAAUAACUUAGAUAAAAAUAAAAAACCGUCGAGAUUGUUGACUGAUACGCCGAACAUAACUUUAAAACUAAAUGCAUGCAUAGACCGGAAGUGAAUUUGCACAGCUUUUGUUAACCUAAUUAGCAUACGGAGUUGCCGUCGGGCGCACGCGAACCUCGCGUCGCGGCGGUGAAACAAGUAGGUUUGGCGGGUAAACGAGAAAUUCUUGUCUAAUUUUUGCUAUUCAAACAAAUGCCUUUCUAUAAUA